AAUGAUAAGUUCUUAAAAAUUAAGUUUUAAUGAAUAAUCUAAUCUCAAUGAGGACUAUUUCAAUGUGUUAUAAUAGAUUCAUCAAAUUAUGGAUGAGGAAAUCAUUAAUCGAUUGGCUCAAAAAAUAAUAUAAAACUCUCUAUUUUUAAGGAUAGCAAGAAAGAAUUAUGAUUAUAAUUUAGUUAGAUUAGGACUUUAUUUGAUAAUGUUUCUUGGGAUAUGGAUUCUAAGUUAUAUCAAGUUAUUUUGGUUAUUGAUUGCAAUUCUUUAUCCAUUGUAAUUCAAAAUAGGCAGUUAAUAGGAGUAGACUCGUUAAAUAUUUUAUUACAUGAUUUUAGGGAUUAUGUUUGUAUUAGAUCCCUUACUUCAUAUUCUAAUAGAAAAGAUGAUACCUUUAUAUGGUUUAGUGAGAUAUUUUAUAAUUUUUUGGUUAGUACAGAACAAAUAUUAUGGAUGCAAUGUCUUAUAUAUUUUAGUAUUUAAGAAGUUAAAAUAAUUGGAUCCUGAAAAAAUAAAAGAAGAUUUGCUGGAUAUAGUAGAUAAGAUGUCUGCAAGAAACUUUUGA